AUGCUGAGAAGGAAUAAAUAUUUACUUUGGUUCAAGGUUUGGUGCAAUGAGAAUAAAUACUCGCUACUAAUUAUUUUGGCCGCUAUUAUGGGCCUUACUCUCGGGUUUAUAGCGAAGUCCAUAUUCACUAUAAGUCCCAUUGCGUUGGUAUAUAUUGCACUUCCGGGCACUUUGAUUAUCCGUGCUUUUACCAUGAUCAUUGUGCCCUUCAUUGUCUCAUCUCUGUCCACGAGCAUAACGGCUACAAAACGUGGUGAAAAUAAGCGAAUGAUUGUGUUGACAUUUAUAUUGGUUAUAGUGUUUACGCCAGGGGUUAGAGAUGUGUCGGCCCGCGAGGCCAGUCAUAGGGAUGUGACGGCCGGUCAGUCCUCAUCACCAGUCGGUCGAGACAUCAAACAAAUGAUCUCCAGUCAAGACGAGAGCAUUUACGACAUGUUUAUAAAUUUAGUACCUGAUAACAUUAUAGCCGCCGCGUUUACCACACAUUAUACAGCACUCGUACCGCUUGACCCCCAAAAUCUGACCCUUGGCUACAAGAAAGUGGCCGAACGGGCGGUCAAACCAAAUAUGUUGGGUUUGUGUGUAUUCGCACUCAUAUUGGGUUUCGUUGUUUUACAGUUGGAUUCAAAGGCCGAGAAUAUCAAGAAUAUUCUGUACGAAACCAAUGCGAGUAAUGCCAAUCGCGCCCUAACACUGCCGGUUACCAUAAAGACAAUGGUGGACAAAUAUCACCUACAUCCAUCGGUGGCACAGUUUGUGUUGCCACUGGGUAUGAACAUUAACAUGAAUGGCUCAGCCAUGUACUACCCGGCCGUUGCUUUAUUUGUGGCCCAAAUGCACAACCAUACAGUCACACUGCAGAUCAUAUUUACCUUGAUCAUGUCAAUGGCUAUACCCAGCGCACCGGCUAGUGGUGGCUCCCUGGUGAAUUUUAUAUCCUAUUGCGCUGUUAUCGGCAUCGAUUAUCCCCUGGAUAUACUCGCCUAUACCAUGACUAUGGAUUGGCUUAUGGAUCGCAUGCGUACCGUAACCAACGUAUUGGGCGACUGUUUCAUAUCGGCAAUUGUCCAGAAAUUGUGUCACAUUAAAUCCGAUAUAACCGAUGAUUAUAACCUUGCACAAAUGCUGCCAACAGCUGCUUCUGGCUGA